CGCAGCACUUCUCGCGCAUGCGCAGUGGGCACCAAGCUGUCAAAGUCGGGUUCCCACAGUAUAGGAAGAACUCCGCGGAAGUGGGAGCGGGUCCGCUGGUCAUGCCCUGCACUGUCUGCAGUCUCUGGUCAUCCCCUGUACUGUCCGCAGUCUCUGUUCAUCCCCUGUACUGUCCGCAGUGUCUGGUCAUCCCCUGUACUGUGUCCGCAGUCUCUGGUCAUCUCCUGUACUGUGUCCGCAGUCUCUGGUCAUCCCCUGUACUGUGUCCGCAGUCUCUGGUCAUCCCCUGUACUGUGUCCGCAGUCUCUGGUCAUCUCCUGUACUGUGUCCGCAGUCUCUGGUCAUCUCCUGUACUGUGUCCGCAGUCUCUGGUCAUCCCCUGUACUGUGUCCGCAGUCUCUGGUCAUCUCCUGUACUGUGUCAGCAGUCUCUGGUUAUCUCCUGUACUGUGUCCGCAG